AUGAAUAUAAUCAAAACAUGUCUUGAAUUUCUUGGAAUUGAAAACAACGACAAUCCAGAUGACCGGGAAUUUGAUGUGACUAUCCAAGUUAAAAAUGGAUCAUCGCAUCCUUUUCGUUGUAAAUUACCUAACGAAAAUCUUGCCGAAAUCCGAAAUCGGCUCAGAAGAAGGAAAAAUGAUCCUUUCAAGAUGGGAACAAAUUUUGAAGAGGAGCUCGUUAAAAAGGCGCCUAACCAAGCGUUUGAGAUAGAUAUAGAUAAAAUCGAAUCGAUGAAUAUUGUAAAAACUGAUGUGAAGAGGCAAAUGAAAGUAUGCAAAAACAAGUUUGCAGAUUUAUGCGAACAAAACUUUAUAGCAUAUGGAAGCUCUUCAGCUAUUCCAUCUUUGCUUUCACUCUUCCUGGGAGCAUCCUUAGAAUCAUAUAAAGAAAUGCUUAAAGAAGUAUCUACCAAAUAUUCAUGUAUAAAGUUAAGAAAAGCAGAAAUUAUUAUAUCAGAAAAGAGCAUUACACUAACUGAAGAGUUCAAGGAGGAUGUUAAAAAUGCGUUAAUAGAGAAAACUACUAGAGAAAAAAUAAAUAAACUUCGAGAGGUUUCAAAAAAAUAUGGGCACUUUUACGCGCGUAGCAUAGGUUUCGGUGGUGCUAUUAUUGAGAAAAUCGUAAAUACUGAUACUGAAACUUCAAAUUUAAGGAUGAAUAGUGGUACCCUUCAAGUAAAUGCCAAUUUAGCCAGUGCAAGUGUUUCUCAUGUAAUCGGGAGUCAAACAACACGAUCUGAACAUAGAUAUAACAAUGUCAGACGCGUCAUUGGUGGAACUACAAAUCCUAACCUGAAAGAAUGGUUCAAAUCACUUGAAGAUUUUCGAAAAUGGAGCAUAAUCGAGUAUGACGAUAUUCGUCCAAUAUUUAGUUUGUUGGAUAGUGAAAUGCAAAAAGAAGUUUUAAAUGCUUUAGGUCAAAGAGUUCUAGCAGCGGGUGUUGCGAAAAUUUUUCGCGACCCUAAGGAAAAUGGUCCAUACAUUCACAGUUUACAUGAUGAAUUACAACAACUAAUAGAUUCACAAAAAAUUGCCAAAGAUAAUGUUCAUGAUUGCCAGAUAUUUGCUUCAGUAAUGAACAAAGAUCUUAGGGGCAUAUUUUCUAUACGUGUGGAAUUUGAAGAUAAAUAUACGCCAUUAAUUGUUGUUCAUCGUAUUCAUAAAGGUUUUCUGAACUUUAAACGUAGAACUAAAAUUGGGUGGAUUAUAGUGGGCCGCCCAGAAAAUUUUUUUGAUUUCUACAAUACCGAAAUGAUAUUCAGAAAAUAUAUCGGUACUGACUCAGAAAGAGAAAACCAUCUUAUACCUAAAAGUCCAGACUACCACAUCAGAGGGCUUAAUGAAAUUAGAUGCUUAUUAUGUACAUGUGUAAUUGAAGCACCUAAAGAAGCACCACACAAAUCAAGGUUAAUUAUUAGUACACAUACACAUUACGAUCUACAAGAAAGUUCUGCACGCAUAUUUAUUCAUCAACACGAUAACAACUCUCUUAAGGAUAGGAUUAAAUUAUAUUCUAGUACUGUUGAGGGCAAUUUUGGUCAAAUUUCGAUCGAUUGGAAAGAAUUGAAUAAAAAUAAAAUAUAUUAUGUUGACUUUCCAAAAAAAGAUCUCGAAAGUCCCAUCUUAGUUAAUCAGCUUAUAGAAGAUUGUUCAGAAAACUGUCAACAGUAUCAAGGAUUCCUUAAUGUAGUUUCUAAGAAAGUUAUUUAUGGUCCAUUGGAUUCAAGACCUUUGUAUC